AUGAGCGGUGGUUAUGAUGACCAGACUGCCAAUGAUGAGUUCCUUGCCAACGCUCUUCAGGAGGAAGAGAAUGAGGCAGUGAUUGAGGGUGAGGAAAGCGAGGAAGAGACCACAACAGAUGAGGAGGUGGUUAUCACCUUGACAGAUGGGAUGAUGACAAAGAUUUCCAAAGGCUAUGAUGUGCCCGAUGCCUUCAAGCAGUCGUUGCUGGAUUGCACAGACCCGAAUGAGAUGCAGGGGAUGAUUGACAACAUCACUGCACUGUUGAACAGUGAGACUGCCAAGAUGCGCGUUGUGAGUGCUUCCAAGCGUCAGUCGGAGAAACUGAUUGCCAAGAGCAAUGAGCCCGUGAAGGUCAAGGGUGAGAGCGUCAAGAAGAAGGCUGGGAAGGCUACUUACACAGUGGUUGUGAAUUACAACGGCAAGGACUGUGAGAUUGAGUUGAAGGGUCGUGCCACCUUCAAGAUGUUGCGUGAGAAACUUCGCCUUCUCUAUCCUGAUGUCUUUGGCAGUGAUGCGAAGAUGAAGCAGAAGAUGACCUUCAAGGUUGUGGGCAAGGAGAAGUCAAUGAAUGCCAGUGGUCGCACGGAAAUGUUGGCUUGGGGUGCUUCGCACAACCGUCCUUUGGUCAUUCGUGCUGUUGAUGGAGCACCCCCAUCAGAGGCGGCUGGUGCAUCUUCAUCAUCCACCGCCCCCAAGACCAAGGCGAAGCCGGAGAAGAAGUCCAAGAAGGAUGACAAGUCUGACAAGACCGAUGGCAAUGAGAAGGACACCAACAAAGACCAGAUUUGCGACAUCCUGAUUGAGCAUUGGGCAGAGGUGGUGAAAGAGGCAACAAUGUCUUCGUCGCCUUUUGGAGACGGAGGUCGCAAAGGCAGUCAUCGUCGUGGCUAUGAUGCUGACGAUGGCAACGGUGGUGGAGACGACAACCCAGAACGCGAUGAACCUGAACUGGGCGACCCUGCUGACUAUGGUAUGGGGGACUUCUACUUGACUGUCCAGAAGACCUACAACGGAAAUUCCUUCAAGAACUACCAUCGCUAUGGUGAAAGCGAUGUGCUCACAGGUGGUGCUGGGUUCAUUCCUUUUCGCAAACCACACCUCAAACGUGAGGAUGCCAUCACCUAUAUGAAGGAGGAGCAGAAGAAGGCUUUGGAGACAAAGCCGGAGUUGGUUGUUCCUGAUGCCGACCUUCCUGACAAUUUUCGUCAAUUUUUGCACGGUGAGAAGUCCAAAAUGGACGACAUUUUGACCUUGAAGACACGUCUUGGAGGUGAAUUCAUGAAGAGUCCUUUGCGUCAGGUGAGUUUGGAAACACUCGCCACAAUCAAGAAACUGUUUGAAAGCAACCGCGGGAAGAAAGGUGAGAAGAACUUGACAAUUCCAGAAAAGAUUGAGAAAACCGUUCGUUUGAUUUAUCCACAAGUUGCUUUGAUGGAUAAAUGUUGCAACAAGCUCUUUGAGUUCCAAAAUGACCGGAUGAAAGAUUUGAUGUCAAUGUUUUGCGACGAAUUCAACACAUACAGCGAAGAGCACGGCAGUGCCAACAUUGACAUUCAGAAAUUUGUUGCUUCCAUUCAAAAAGAGAUUGACAGGUUUUGGCCGGGCAUUGCUCGCUAUGUGGGGCGAGAGCGCUUGCAAAGCCAGUUGCAAACGCAGGGCGUGCCGACGAAGCCAUUGCUUCCCAUCGGCUCGAAGGUCACUGUGAAGACGAAGCGGUGGCAUCGAAUUGGCCAAGGUCCCACUUCCGCAGCAGAACCCCACCUGCUACCUCGACCAGCUAAAUUCUUAAAGCUAAAGCUUGACCGUGGGUACCAAGCUCCUGGAUCUGGGGGAGAUGGUGGAUCUGGGGGAGAUGUUGGCUCUGGGGGAGCUUCUGUCGAUGGUCCUGCUGAUCGUGUUUUGGACGGAUAUGGAAACGUUGUCCCAUUUUGGGGAGAUGAGCCUGAUGAUGUGCCAGCCCUUCAUGCAACGCGGGAGAGACAGGGAUCUGGAGCGGCAGCACAAGGUCUUGGAGAGACACCGGAUGGCUUCAUUGGUGCAGAACUCAAUGGAGCAGAUGGAGUUCGGAUUCGAGCACUUUUGAAAAAAACUGGAGCCAAAAAGUGGCAGUGUGCAAUGGUGGACGUCAAGACCGCCUUCUUACUUGCACCACGGCGAGAGGCGGACACGAAAUUGCUGACGGUGCGUCCUCUCACUUCCAGCCCUUCGAAUUCGAACACCUAUAGAAAUGACCUUUUGAAGAUGUUGCAGUGGAAUUGCGAUGGACGUAAGCUGCAACUUUUGGCCACACCUGAGCCAAACCUGAUGAAGGUGGUGACCGUUGGUGGUCCUGAAGAUGAAGAAGCAUUGGUUCCUGAUCUUCUUUCUCGGCAUCCUGGAGUGAUCUGCAAGAGUACACCUUCCCCUGGAGUUUUGGAUGAAGAGCUUGAGAGCGAGGUCAGCAUUCAAGAUGUGCGAGCUGCUCAAGGCAUUGUGGGUGAGCUGCUGUGGCUGUCUUGCCGCACACGUCCUGAUUUGAGUUUUGGAGUUUCUUGGAUGGGUCGAAUGGUAACCCGUGCGCCUCGUCGAGUUUGCUGUUAUGGGGAGCACAUGCUAGGGUACCUCAAAUCCACGUAUGACAUGGCACUUCACUACGGUCUUUGCGAAGGUGGGCAUGGAGAAGAUUCUGAGUUGGCUUUUUCCAGGUCGAUGUUGCGGCUGGAAGUGCGCUCUGAUGCCUCCUUUGGUCCAGCUGGCGGCCGAGGCCAUCAAGGUCUUAUAGCCAUGUAUGGGGGGUGUCCCAUCCAGUGGGAAUCAAAGCAGCAAGCUUUUCGGACUCUAUCUACUUCGGAGUCAGAGCUCUUGGGGUACACAGACGCAAUGACCCUGGGCGAAACAAUGUCUUCAGUGUUGAACACUUUAGAAAGCAACAAACUUUCUGAAGAGGGCGACAAGGUCCUCUACGGGGACUAUCAAUCUGGUCUUCAGUUGCUGGAAAGCCCAGACGGACCAUGGCGGACGAGGCACUUGCGUCUUCGAAGCUUUGUCCUCAGAGUAAGGAUGAAGUGGGGCUUGUGGAAGGGCCGACAUGUUCCUGGUGCUCAAUUGGCUUCCGAUCUUUUGAAGAAGGCUGUGACGUCAAUGCCGUCAUGGACGAAGUUCUACAACUUCAUGAGCAUGUACCGCUUGAAUGAAUUCGGUGCUGCAGAAUCUAGUAGUUGUACAGAAGGUAGGGUUACAGCCAAGGUUGCUGGAGCAGCUCUUGCAGCGAUCAUAGGUUUGACUGUAGUGACAACUAUGCCCAAAGAGGCUGAGUUGACCAAGGUAGCUUGUGCAGGUGGCGUAGCUGCAUUAACAGCUUGGUUAGUGAAAAAACUUGGCCCGGGAGGCAUCAAGAACGUUGUGAGGGAAGACCCUAAUUAG